AUGGGGAAAAAGCAUGGAAUGUUCCAGUACGCGGAUCGAACAGACAAAUUGCUAAUGACAUUGGGGACAUUAGGCAGCAUUGGAGAUGGGUUGCAGGUCCCUCUCAUGAUGUUUGUUCUCAGCAAAGUGAUCAAUGACUAUGGGAAACACAAUACCAGUGGCAGUGUCUCCUACAGUAAUGUGAACAUGUCUGCGCUCAGACUGUUCUAUGCUGCUAUCGGGGUUGGACUAUCUGCUUUUGUUGAAGGACUUUGUUGGGCAAGAACUGCUGAGAGACAGACUUCCAGAAUGAGAACAGAAUACCUGAAAUCUGUGCUUAGACAAGAAGUUGGUUUCUUCGACACCCAAGCAGCCGAUUCUUCAAUAACUUUCCAAGUCAUUACAACCAUCUCAUCCGAUUCCAAUUCAAUCCAAGUCACAAUUGGCGAGAAGAUACCAGACUGCGUUGCUGACAUGUCAAGCUUCUUCUUCUGCUUUCUAUUUGCCUUUGUCCUGUCAUGGAAGGUUACUUUGGCUGCUAUUCCAUUCACCUUAAUGUUCAUCGUCCCUGGACUCGGAUUCGGGAAGCUCAUGAUGGAUGUGAGUAUGCAGAUGCUUGAAUCUUAUGGGGUUGCUGGUGGGAUUGUACAACAGGCAAUUUCUUCUAUAAGAAUUGUAUAUUCAUAUGUUGGAGAACAUCAAACACUAGAAAGAUUCAGCCGAGCACUUCAAAAAACUAUGGAGCUAGGAAUCAAGGCUGGCUUUGCAAGGUCUUUGAUGAUGGGAAGCAUGGGAGUCAUUUAUGUUAGUUGGGCAUUUCAGGCUUGGUUUGGAUCCAUUCUGGUUAGCAAGAAAGGAGAACAGGGUGGUCAUGUUUUUGUCGCUGGAUUCAAUGUUCUUAUGGGAGGAUUGAAUAUUUUAACCGCACUUCCAAAUCUCACUGCCAUAACAGAGGCAAAAGCUGCUGCAACUCGAAUUACUGAGAUGAUCAACCGGGAACCUGCCAUUGACUCUGAAGAUAAAAAGGGGAAGGCUUUAUCAUAUGUGAGAGGAGAAAUAGAAUUCCAAGGCGUCUACUUCAGUUACCCAUCAAGACCAGACACUCAAAUCUUACAAGGUUUGAAUCUUAGAAUUCCAGCCGGCAAAACUGUAGGCCUAGUUGGGGGCAGCGGUUCUGGGAAGUCCACCAUCAUUUCACUGCUUGAAAGAUUUUAUGAUCCCAUUGAAGGUGAGAUUCUCUUGGAUGGAUACAAAAUAAGAAAACUCCAUCUUAAAUGGUUCAGAUCACAAAUGGGUCUGGUUAAUCAAGAACCAAUCCUGUUUGCAACAUCCAUACAAGAAAAUAUACUGUUUGGGAAGGAAGGAGCAUCAAUGGACGAGAUUGUAACUGCAGCAAAAGCCGCAAAUGCUCACGACUUCAUUGUUAAGUUGCCAGAUGGAUAUGAAACUCAAGUUGGACAGUUUGGAGUGCAAUUAUCCGGAGGGCAAAAGCAACGGAUAGCCAUAGCCAGGGCUUUGAUUAGAGAACCCAAAAUCAUGCUGCUUGAUGAAGCCACAAGUGCACUGGAUUCACAAUCUGAAAGAACAGUGCAGGAAGCCAUUGACCAGGCGUCAGUGGGAAGGACAACCAUUGUCAUUGCGCACCGUCUCUCCACAAUUAGAAUGGCUAGUCUGAUUGUAGUUCUAAAAUCAGGGAAAGUAGUUGAAUCAGGUACACAUGAUGAACUGGUGCAAAUGAAUGGUGAAGAGGGCAGGGGUGGGGAAUACUACCGAAUGGUGCAGUUGCAGCAAUCAACUAUGCAAAAUGAAGUGUCAAAAUUUUCCCAUCAAGAAGAUGAAAGAAAUCACUACAGUGUUCCACCAAGCCCACUGAGCAUGAGCAGCCGGGAUAUAAAAAAUCACUACAGGAUGGCUCUUCCAUCAAGCCCAAUGAGCACGAGAUCAAGUGUUCCAGGCACCCCAGUAUUGCAACCAUUUAGCCCUGCAUUUUCCAUGAGUGCACCUUACUCUGUCCAAUUCAACGAUUCUUAUGAUAGUGACGAUGAAAAUUUGGACCAACCGCAUAAACCUACUCCUUCCCAAUGGCGUUUACUAAAAAUGAAUAAACCGGAGUGGGGUAGAGCCUUGCUUGGAUGCAUAGGGGCUAUUGGCUCUGGAGCUGUGCAACCCAUAAACGCUUACUGCGUGGGAGCAUUAAUCUCAGUUUACUUCCACACUGAUAAAUCUAAGAUGAGAUCUGAUGCCAGAAUUUAUUCUUUUGUUUUCUUAGGUCUUGGGGUUUUCAAUUUGGUUACCAAUCUCCUUCAACACUACAAUUUCGCAAUAAUGGGGGAAAAAUUAACCAAAAGGAUACGAGAGAAACUGCUUGAAAAAUUGAUGACUUUUGAGAUUGGAUGGUACGAUCAAGAUGAGAAUACUUGUGCAGCCAUUUGUGCAAGGUUAUCCAGCGAAGCUAACAUUGUCCGUUCCCUUGUUGGCGAUCGCAUGUCAUUGCUGGUUCAAGCAUUUUUCGGAGCAACUUUUGCUUAUGUUUUGGGGCUCGUGCUAACAUGGAGGCUAGCCCUUGUGAUGAUUGCAGCACAACCAUUACUCAUUGGCAGCUUUUAUGCAAGGAGUGUUGUGUUAAAGAGUAUGUCUGAAAAAGCCCGAAAAGCACAGAAGGAAGGAAGCCAACUAGCGAGUGAAGCUGUCAUUAACCAUAGAACUAUAAGUGCAUUUUCUUCUCAGAAAAGAAUAUUGGGACUCUUUCGAGCCACCUUACAAGGCCCUAAGAAGGAGAGUAUUAGACAGUCCUGGUUUUCAGGCUUCGGCCUGUUUAGCUCCCAAUUCUUGAAAAUAGCUUCUACAGCCUUAGCUUACUGGUAUGGAGGGAGACUAUUAGUGCAAGGAUUGAUAACUCCAGAGCGCCUUUUUCAAGCGUUCUUGGUUUUGCUAUUCACUGCUUACACCAUUGCAGAGGCAGGGAGCAUGACUAAAGAUUUAUCUCGAGGAAGCAAUGCUGUGAGAUCAGUUUUUGAAAUACUAGACAGGACUAGUGAAAUUGACCCAGGUAACUCAUGGCAGCAAUAUGCAAAUAAAAUGUCAAUUAGGGGCCGCGUAGAGCUGAAAAAUGUGUUCUUUGCAUAUCCAUCAAGACCUGAUCAGUUUAUCUUUAAGGGGCUGAGCCUCAAAAAUUCAGCAGCGGAACUAAUGAGCACUAGUGGUGUGGGGCAGAGUGGUUCUGGCAAAUCCACCAUAAUUGGGCUUAUUGAGAGGUUUUACGAUCCAUUGAAGGGGUCUGUGUCUAUAGAUGAACGGGACAUAAGGGACUAUAAUCUGAGAGCCCUGAGAUCACACAUUGCACUAGUCAGCCAGGAACCAACCUUGUUUGCAGGAACUAUUUCUGAGAACAUUGCCUAUGGGAAAAAAGAUGCUAGGGAAUCUGAGAUAAGGAAGGCUGCAAGGCUUGCCAAUGCACAUGAAUUUAUAAGUGGCAUGAAAGAUGGAUAUGAGACUUACUGUGGAGAAAGAGGGAUCCAACUUUCAGGAGGCCAGAAACAAAGAAUAGCACUAGCUCGAGCGAUACUGAAGAACCCGUCAAUCCUGCUACUCGAUGAGGCAACUAGCGCGCUUGACAGUGUAUCGGAGAACUUAGUUCAAGAAGCACUUGAUAAGAUGAUGGUCGGUAGAACAUGUAUUGUGGUGGCUCACCGGCUAUCCACAAUACAAAAAUCCAAUUCCAUUGCAGUGAUCAAGGAAGGGAAAGUGGUGGAGCAAGGCUCACAUUCUGAUCUGCUUUCUUUAGGGCGCGGCGGAGCAUACCAUUCCCUCAUAAAACUACAAGGCAGUAGCUCUCCUUACCGGUAAAACAAAGCAAUCUCAGGCGGGAUUAAUGAUGCUUCAGAUCAUAUUUUAAUAAGAUUAUUAUCCUUAGUUUGUGUAAAUCAAAGGAAGAAGCUGGUUUCAAUUUGAAAAAUGAAAAGAGGUAUGCUGAUCACUUUGUAUUAGAUGAAAUCUUUAUUUUUUGGUCACCAGUAAAUAAAUUGAUGUACGGCUUUGAUAUGAAGAACUUGUUGAGGUA